AUGGCGUUAUUCCAAACAAUCAAGACCGUCUCCCUCACCUACGAGCAGCCAACUGGCCUGUUUAUCAACAAUGAGUUCGUUCCUGGGGUCGAGGGUACCACCUUCGAAACGGAGCGCGAUGUGGAUAUUGCAGUCAAGGCCGCCCGCACGGCUUUGAAUGGCGAAUGGAAGCACAUCACCCCUUCAAAGCGCGGUCAACUCCUUUCCCGCCUCGCAGAUCUUAUGGAACGUGAUACCGAGACGCUGGCCACCAUCGAAGCCCUUGACAACGGAAAGGGAGUCGGUAUGGCGCGUGGUGAUGUUGCCGCCUCCGCUGGCUGCAUCCGAUACUACGGUGGAUGGGCAGACAAGAUUUACGGGCAGACCAUCGAUACCGACUCAGAAAGUUUGACUUACACUCGCCAUGAGCCGGUGGGCGUGUGUGGUCAAAUUAUUCCCUGGAACUUCCCAUUGUUGAUGUGGGCCUGGAAGAUUGGACCUGCCAUCGCAACGGGAAACACUGUUGUACUCAAGUCUGCUGAGCAGACUCCCUUGUCGGCUUUGUACGCUGCCAAGCUUAUCAAGGAGGCUGGAUUCCCACCUGGUGUCAUCAACAUUAUCUCCGGAUUCGGCCGGGUCGCCGGUGCAGCCAUCGCUGCUCACAUGGAUGUCGACAAGAUUGCGUUCACGGGCUCUACUCUGGUCGGCCGCCAGAUCCUCCAGACUGCCGCAAAGAGCAACCUGAAGAAGGUCACCUUGGAGCUUGGUGGAAAGUCCCCCAACAUUGUUUUCCCUGACGCAGAUCUGGAUGAUGCCGUCAACUGGGUGAACUUUGGUAUCUACUUUAACCACGGUCAGUGCUGCUGCGCUGGAUCGCGUAUUCUUGUGCACGAAUCUGUCUACGAGCAGUUCAUCGAGAAGUUCAAACAGCGCGCGGAGCAGAACAAGGUCGGAGACCCAAUGAACGCGGAGACGUUCCAGGGCCCCCAGGUUUCACAGCUGCAAUUCGAUCGCAUUAUGGGAUACAUCGAUGCCGGCAAGAAAGCUGGCGCUCGAGUGGUCACUGGUGGUGCUCGGCACGGCUCGCAGGGAUACUACAUUCAGCCCACCAUCUUCUCUGAUGUGAACUCGGAUAUGAGCAUCGUCAAGGAGGAGAUUUUCGGACCUGUUUGCACUGUCCAGAAAUUCAGUACCGAGGAUGAAGCUAUUGAGCUGGCAAACAGCACCAGCUACGGCUUGGCUGCGGCUGUGCACUCGAAAAACAUCGACACUGCUCUCCGAGUGUCCAAUGCUGUCAAGGCUGGUACCGUUUGGGUAAACAACUACAACACUCUUCAUUACCAGAUGCCAUUCGGCGGAUUCAAGGAAUCUGGACUCGGUCGGGAGCUUGGUUCAUAUGCCCUUGACAACUACACUCAAGUGAAGACUGUUCGCGUUCGCAUCAAUGCUAAAUGA